CCGUAGUCGCCAUUUUGUGUUCGCUGGUUUCAAGGUGAUAGAAUCAGGCUGCGGAGCAACGAGUGGAUUGUUUCCUACUCAAGUUAAAACAGCGUUGACUUUUACUCGUUUUUAGUAUUAAGCUCCCGUUUUUGAAGCCACUUUUUUGAACUGCGGCAAAUCUCCCUCGACAACCCUCUUCUCUCCAGCAGAGUCAGACAGACAGACAGACAGGCAGGCAGACCUUCACCGAGCCGAGUACAGACAAUGGAUUGGUCGUCGUCCUCCUCCACCACCUCCAGCCUCAUGGCCAGCAGCAACGUGACCAACAAGACGGACCCGCGCUCCCUCAACUCCCGCGUCUUCAUCGGCAACCUCAACACCCUGCUGGUCACCAAGGGCGACGUGGAGGCCAUCUUCUCCAAGUAUGGCAAGAUCGUGGGCUGCUCCGUCCACAAGGGCUACGCCUUCGUCCAGUUCGCCAAUGAGAGGAACGCCCGCUCUGCUGUGACCGGCGAGGAUGGACGCAUGAUCGUGGGACAGGUUCUAGACAUAAACCUGGCAGGUGAGCCGAAGCCUCACAGAUCGAAGACGGGGAAGCGCUCAGCGGGAGACAUGUACAGUUCAUCUUUUGAUCUGGACUAUGACUUUCAAAGAGAUUACUAUGACAGGAUGUACUCAUACCAGUCCCGCGUUCCUCCUCCACCUCCACCUCUGUCCCGCGCCGUCAUCCCCUCAAAGCGUCCCAGAGUCAGCGUGAGUGGAGGAGUGAGCAGGCGAACCAAAACCAGCUCCUCCUCCAAAGGCAACCAGAGGACCUCACGCACAAUGAGGGUAGACGAUCUGCAGAACAUCAAGAGAGAGCUCACGCAGAUCAAACACAAGGUGGACGACCUGCUGGAGAGCUUGGAGCGCAUGGAGAAGGACCACAGCAAGAAGUCGGGUGAGCCUCAACGAAGACAGAUGAUCGUAAACCGGAAUGUUUACGGUUCAAGAAGGGACAUUGCAAUAAAAAGCAAAGAGAGCAGUUACAUGGCGAUAUCUAAUGACAUGAAGAGCUCCAAGCCCGAGCCCGGCGAGGUGUCCCCGCUCCACUCGUCCACCUCCAGCAAGAAGGACGACGGCCUGAUGAAGCGAGACAGAGAGCUGAACGACUCCGAGGAUGACGGAGAUCUGCUAGAGGACGAAGACGAGAUGAAAAGCAGAGGGCGAGACGAGGACGAGGAGGAGGAGGAGGAAGGCGAGCAUGAGGAAGGAGAGGACGACGGAGACAGCGCCAAUGGAGACGAGUCCUAAAGCUACACAUGCAGAUGACGUGUCACAUCACGUUUUUGGUUUUUUCCCCCCCCACAGCACACUGGUACACGGUGGUAGCACAUUUCCAAGCUGAUGACUGGACACUUGUAUACAGUGAAACUGUAGAUGCACAGAUUCAUUAAUAUGUCUCUUUUACUCAUUUUUUUUUAUUUACUCGUUUUUUUUCCUCAUGCUUUUUUUUUUUUAGACUUUUCCUGACACUGGAUUAAUGCAGUAUUUUUUUUUUUUUUAGAUUAAGUGCUCAUGUAGGAAAACUUUUCCAUUAUAUAGUUCUUGCUCUUCUUGGCCUGACUCUCAACUUGAUAUCAGUCACUUUGUUUUCCAAGCAGUUGUUUUCAGUGUAUUGAAUCAUUAGAAUCUGUUGAUUACCCGUUCUGUUACCAUCUUGUCAUCAUUACCGUAACUCCUAGACCGUUUGUGAUAUCUAGAAAAUUCAAAAACUAUGUAGAGGAUAAAGCGGUAGAAGAUGGAUGGAUGGAUACCGGAAAGCAGAGAAAUAUACUUGUCAUUACGGUAGAACCUAAGGACCUACAUGAAAGCCCGUUUGUGACAUCAUCUUCUCAGUACUGUAAUCCCUAAAGGGUUUUCCAAGAUAAUGAGUUAUCUUGGAUAAAGGGGGCAGAAGCACUCACUCAUUGACAUUUUUUUUGACAAUUCUCCAGCCAUAAAAUCUAAAUAAAUCCAGGUGGCCUGAUUAUAAUGACGGUCACAAAAGAUCCGUCACAGAAUCGUUCAGGACUUCCUGCAUGACCCGGAGCGCAGACUCCGUCCAGCUUUCAGUAGUGCUGUUGCUAACUACACCAGACUCCUCUGUUAAAUACUGAGAUUUUAGACAUUUCCUUUGCUAAACGUUGGAGAUUAACGCAUGUUUUUGGGAUUUUUAAGUCGUUUUAACUGAUCUACAGUUCGGCAUUGUUCGGCUUGAUUCUUGUGUCAGACUCUCUGACCCAUCAGUGGCUGUCAGUCUGUUGACGUCACAUUUUAGUAUCGGUACCUGGUACUAACGCUAAUGGAAAAGCAAAACAAGGGAGUAGAGCCGAGCUCGAACUGUAUAAUGAAAAAGCGACAUGCAUUUGAACUCAGGACUCGGAGCCUUUACAGCAUAAAAAAAAAUACAACAUUUUAAGCAAGUGAGUUAUGAUUUGUUGCCAAAAUCUUAACACAUUUCAAAUUUACAUUGGCAGACAUUUUAAAUAAUAAAAGUAAGAAAAGAGACAAAAUACCAGACAUGGUAGAUUUCCUUUCUUAAUCCCACGGUUGUGCAGCUGCUUCCUAACCAGCAGGUGGCAGCGUGUCCCAACAACCGGACAACCACAUCUCUGUUCACCUUUUAGCAAAUGUGUAGAAAACAUGUUGUUGGACUGAGCAAAAUCCUCACUUUGUGUCUCGUACAACUCUUACUUAUGACGUUAAUGGACCUCAUGCAGGGCUACACCAUGUUUGUUUUCAGUUUGUAAUUCUGAGGUUAAAAACAAACAUGUUUUUUGUUGUUGUUUUUUCACGUCCAUCUUUGGAAACAGCCCAUCUGGAUGCGUUUGGCUCAUAAACCAGGUUCAGGUGCAGUGGAGAACGACAUAAAAGGGGGUGAUCGUGCUGUAGAUGUAGUUUUUUAUUGUUGGACAGACGGGUCGAGGCUGGAUUAAAGUGUUUUUUUUUUUUAUUGUCUUGUCAUAAACUUUUACUGCGUCAGUUUCUCUCCUGCCUUUAAGACGUCCAUGUUGUUACUUUUACUGUUAUUUCAACUGAUUAUGAUGCUUUUCUCUAAUAUUUCUGUAAAAAUAAAUCCCUCCAUCUACAA